AUGGCGGAAGAUCUAGUUCUCGAUACGGCGAUCAGAGAUUGGGUGUUGAUACCUCUUUCAGUGGUAAUGGUUCUCAUCGGCAUCCUUCGUUACUUCGUCUCCAAGCUCAUGCGCUCUUUUCAAACCCCCGAUCCGAAGAUCGUCAAAGAAGGACAAGUAAUCGUUAGGGCUCGGAAUUUGCGAGCUGCUGCAAAUUUUAUCACUCCUAAGUCUUUUCGCUCUCGUAGGGUUUAUUUCAGCAAUGAGGAAAAUGGAUUACUGUUUGUCCCCAAGGGCCAGGCUCAAAAUCUGCAAGCUCAAAUGUUCUCUGACCCUAACAUGGCUAUGGACAUGAUGAAGAAAAACCUAUCUAUGAUUAUACCUCAGACUCUCACUUUUGCCUGGGUCAACUUUUUCUUCUCUGGAUUUGUUGCAGCCAAAAUACCUUUCCCAUUAACUCAGAGGUUCAGAUCAAUGUUGCAGAAUGGAAUUGACCUUAGCACAGUUGAUGUGAGCUAUGUCAGUAGCCGCUCAUGGUAUUUCCUCAAUUUAUUUGGUUUGAGGGGUUUAUUUAGUCUGAUUCUGGGAGAGGAAAAUGCAACGGAUGAUACACAGCGAAUGAUGCAGAUGAGUGGGUUUGGCUUUGAUCCAUCAAAGAGCUUGAGUGCUGAGAAAGAUGGUCUUGACAUAGUCCAACAUGAAUGGGCACUCCCUAAAUUCGAGCACCGAGCUGAAGCAGUGUUGAAAAAACUUGUCAGCUGAACAUUAAGAGCGUGAUAAACAACUGUCCAAAGGGGGUGGCUCGAUCGAAGUGUUCAUCUUACGAGCUCACUGAACUGUAAAAGAUGAAACACCUUUAGAAACAAGGGUGGGCUUUGGUUUAUAUUCCAGUUCAACGAGAAGCAAGAAGAGAUUUUCCAGCUUCCUAAUUUUUUGCUCUCAGUAAUUUUAUGUUGAAUCUUUGGUCGGCCGGCUGGCUAGCCCGACCAGUUCACAUUUCCUUAAUACAUCAUAAGUUGGUUUUAAAGUUGAAUAAUUCUUAUUUACAUUUUGAUUAUUAUCUUGAGUCCUUGACCA